AUGGAGAACUAUUCAGAAAUCAACCUACUCCAGGACACGUUGCGUGACGAAACGUCCAACUUUUUUGUGACGGAGUUGCGCCUCAUCAGCACGUUUGCGGAGUACAAUGAGAUGUACGUGCGGUUGAUCCAGCCCUUGAACUUGAGCGACCUUUCGGGGUUUGCACCAACAGUGGAUGCAUCGCUCGCGAGCCAGGAAGCGAUGCUAGCGGAAUUCAAUACAUACUUCAACCAAUUGACGAACGCGGGACUCAUCAUGGCGAAAGUCAGAUACCGGUUCAAGACGUUGCCCGAUUUGGUGGAGCUCAAAGACAUCCUCACGCAGAUCAACGACCAUAUCUGCGUGAUAUUGACAAAGUGCCACGUGUGGGUGAGCAAGUUUACCACGCAGUUUAUCAAUAAAAACCUUAUUACGCACCGGUCGGUGUUGAAGAGCCUCAACAUCGACGCGCUAUUGGGACACUUUCAAACGGCGUUCAACAACUUCAAGGCGAUUGCAAAGGUGCUCAGCUACUGCCCCAGCUCUGUGGAGGAUCUAUCCAGUGCGGAGGCGUUGAAAAACUUUUACCGCAUCUUGAGUGAGUUCAACAACCGCGUGUACGACGAAAACGAGCAGUUCCUUGCGGUGGUACGCGCGCAGACGCCCGCGUACGCUGCAUUCGAGGUGGUAAAGCGUACAAAGCGGCAGCAAUUGUCGUACGAGGAGUACCAACAGGAGAUGCGCAUCAUCGCGCGCGGCGACUAUAAGGAGGACUCCAAGAAGGCGUCCAAGAAGCUCGUCAACAAAAAUCUCAUGGUGAUGUUGCACAUUUCGCUCGAGAUCCAGCCGUUUAUGGAGCGUAUCAACGACCAGGUGCUCUGGGUCUUGAAGAAUUACUAUCUUAGCAUCAUGAAGAUGCGUCAUGAAAACAACCUCAGCUCGCAGCUCGACGGACUGGAGCCCGGCACCGAGGACGAGGGCAAGACUAACGUCGACUUGAACGAAUUCAUGGCACAGAUCCGGCUGUUGAUCGACGAGAUCAACAAGCUCAACCUCAUCAUGAUCCAACUCUUCUAUGACGACUUCUUGAACAACUCCAAAGACUACUUGAAAAAGGGCCGCUUCUUGCUCAACCUCUUGAUCACCUCACAGCCCAUCUGUGACUCUAUCAUCCAGAUCAACUUCAUAUACAACAAGUUGAUGAAGCAUUACAACCAGCAGCUCAAUACUACGUCUGCGAUUUUUCAGAACCAGUCGCUGAACUUGACCUUCCGCAACGUCUUUGUAUACUCCAUCUUCGACCAGCAGUUCUCCAACUUCAACAACAUCUUGAAGAAGAUGUUGGAGGUGAUCAAGGCUAACCAGGACCCCACAAAGUCCGUCGACAGCUUGGAUAAGUUGCUUAAGAACGAGUACGCCAUCAACGAGUUGUACGGUCUAGGAAAGGAGUUGAGCCGUUUGGGAAGUUGUAUUGACGUCAACCAGUUGAACAACAAGAAGGUGGUGAUCGAUGAGGUGCUCUAG